AAAUGACGUCGAUCCGAGCUCCUAAUUCCCAAUUCCGAGGUAGGCCAAAUGUAGUAUUACUCGUAAGUAGCGUACCCGCAAAUUUCUGCGAGUUUUUGCUUAAUGCGUUAACUUUGUACAGUCUCAACUACUUUUGUUACACCGGAAUGCACCGAUUGACUGAAGAAUGCACUCGUUUGUGCACGCAUUAAUUCAUCCGUUCUUUUAAUAACGAUAUUUCGUUCAUCGCAUUUGUCUCUUAAACGAACAGACGUUAGACCACUGUCUAGUGUUAGCUAACUGGCUAAUGCUGUUGAAACCAUUAACGAUGGUAAGCUUGGAGAAACUAUAAACAGUUGGAUCAACUAGAUAUAUAGCCGGUGAAUUCCAAAACUACAGAAUGACAGGUGAAAUGUCAAAUGGCAUUUUCCCCCAGCCCACAGACGUUGUUCUGUUAAACGUUCCGGUUAUCCGGCAGCUGUACCACUGGGAUUGCGGUUUGGCGUGUUCGAGAAUGGUAUUAAAAUAUCUACAUCCAGUGAGUGAAGAGGCGUUCCAGAGAGCUUGCUGUGAUCUGAAAUUAACAGAAAGCGUGUGGACUAUUGACCUCGCAUAUCUCAUGUGUCAGCUAGGCGUAAAACACUGUUUCUGCACACAAACAUUAGGGGUAGACAAAGGCUUUAAAAAUCAGUCCUUCUACAAAAAGCAUUUUGAUACUGAAGAAGACAGAGUAAAUGAACUCUUUCUGAAAGCAGAGAGCAGUGGCGUAGUGGUAAAGAAAUGCUCUGUGACUGUUCAGGAGAUCCAGGCUCAUCUGAGCCAUGGACAUGUGGCUAUCGUGCUGGUAAAUGCUGUAGUGUUAGUGUGUGAACUCUGCUCCACUUCAGUCAAGUACUGCUGCUUUCUACCUGUGAAUCAGAAGUGUUUCUGCAGUACACCUGAUUACCAAGGUCACUUUGUGGUAGUAUGUGGAUUUAAUCGUACAGCUGGCUGCAUCUUUUAUAACAACCCUGCUUAUUCUGACCGUGUGUGCUGUACUAGCAUUAGCAAUUUUGAAGAGGCAAGAAUGAGCUAUGGAACAGAUGAGGACAUUCUUUUCAUCUUCAAGGACAGCUGAUCACAGGAUGCGCCUUUUUCUUUUGAGUCAUGGUGAGGGCUUUGUGUAGGCAUAUAAUAUAUAUCAAUCUUGGUAUAGUUACAAAUAAAAGGGGAGACCUCCAGAAACUUGGGAACAAAUGUAUAUAGCCCACACUCAUGAGCUGACCCCUUAACUUGUGAACAAACAUAAAAAGGCUUAAACUCUAUCACCUGGUGCAAACAAAAACAGGUAUAGCUGUUAUGUGACAUUAGUCUUAAGGUAAACCAGUACUGAUACAAGUGUUAAUGCACAAAUAUAUAGACAAUAUAGUCCCACCAUUUUGCACAAAUAAAUGGAAAACAAAAUGCACAAAUAUAUCUACAUCUACAAAUGCUCAAAUACAACUAUAUACUAACAAUGCAAAUACACAGUGGAUAUAAAAAGUCUACACACCCCUGUGAAAAUUCCACUCCUCCUUGCAAAAAUGUCCUGAAUCUCCUGUGCACAGCUCUCUUCAAGUCAUUCCACUGGCUUUUGACAGGAUUUAGAUCUGGGCUCUGACUGGGCAAUUCCAAAAAUGUUGAUCAUCUGAAGCCAUUCUUUUGUUUACUUGGAUUUGUGCUUUGGGUCAUUGUCGUGCUGGAGGUUGAAAUUUUCUUCAUCUCCAGCCCUCUAACAGAAGCCUGUAGGUUUUGUGCCAAAAUAGAUUAGUAUUAGGAGCUAUCCAUAUGCCUCUAUUUUGAAUAGAGACCCAGGACAAACCCCUGGUUUGAGUAUUUCAGAAACUGAUGAUCUCCUGAGAUGAGAUUUUAGGCACAAUAGUCUAUAUAGUUGACACAGAAAUGGUGCAAAACCCCCCCCCCCAAAAAAAACAACAAAUAAACAACAACAACAAAAUCCAACGAGUGGCAGAAACAACUUUGUGAUGAGAGAGAGAGGAAUGGCUAGACUGGUUCUAAGAUAAGAUAAACUUUAUUGUUCUUGAAGGAAAUUCUUGAGAUAGAACUGACAAGACGGCUUUGGUAACUCUAAUAACCAUUCUUUACAACUGUGGUGAGCAGAAAAGCGUCUCAGAAUGCACAACAUGCUGAACCUUGAGGCGGAUGGGCUAGAGUGGCAGAAGACCACAUUGGGUACUGCUGUUCUGAAAUACUCAUUCAGAUGUUUUGAUGUGAAUAUUAACUUUUAAUGCUAUUAACGCUCUAGACCUGUAUCUGCAUGAUUUUAUGCAUUGCACUGCUGCCAUUUGAUUGGGUAAUUGCAAGCAUUCCUAUUAAAGUGGCCGGUGAUUGUAUUCAUAUUCGGGUUGUAAUGCACAGAUCUGAGUGGCCUGGUGUGUUUCUGCAUUACAUUGAUUUGCAAUAGGUAUUGCCAUUUUCUUGUAAGUAUUAUUUUAUGUUUGUUUAUUAUUCUAUGCCUUUUCAAAUGAUGUGCAAGAUACAAAUGACUUUGCAUUUAUUUGUGGAAUGUGUUGUGAUCAUUUCAAUCUAUAAAGUUAUAUGCUUUGCUUGGCAUUUAAGUGUUUGUGGACUGUUAGAUACUGUAUAUUUGUGCAUUUGAUGCUUGUAUUUGUGAUUUUGGUACUGUUUUUCUUUUACUUUAGCUGUAGUGUCAGCUAACCUAUGAGAUGAAUUUUGUUCACAGAAUCUGUUCUCUGAAUUCUGUCCUCUAUUUCACAAAAUCAGUACGUGCAUAUAUUUGCCAUGCUUCUGUAACAUUUUGCUGAAUAACAUAUCUGGAAUCAAUAAACCAUAAUUUAUUAUGUAGUUAAUAUAGUUAAUAGAGCCGCAAUAUAUAUCACCACAUAAUGCAGUGCAGCACAUUUAAUUUAGUUUUGAACACUUACCAUGUUUAUCUGCUUGAAAUCAAGUGCAAUGCUUCACAAUUUGUAGGAUUGUUUUAAGUACCAAAAAUGACUACACUUAGGUGUUGUUCCUUUAAUGGUUACUUAUUAUGGACAACCAGCAAACAUCAGAAUGAUCAGGAAUGUGGGUCAGAGAGACCAUGUGAACUAAACCUGGUCAUCUAAACUAUGUUUAACUAAAAUAUUCCUCAGGGCCUGUUUGGUAUCAAUCUAAUCCAUGUUUCAUUGUGAACAAUGUGGUGACAUCAUAACAUACAAGUUUAGGAAAUAACAUUUACAGUAUAUGAUUUUAUAUUUUGCAGUGUAUGAUUGUUCUUCCCACACACACCCACACCAACACAUACACAUACACAGGAGACCUUUUCCUGUUGUUCCAAAGACACAUUCUCAGGAAUUAAUUAACAUAUAAAAUCCUAGGGUGACCCUACCCAACUGGGGAGCCAUCCUGCCAUAAAAUACAUUUUCUCUCUCCCAUUUGGUCAUUAUAUAUUUCAAAGAGGCUCAAAGGUAUAAAAAGGUAUGCAUUAUACAAUGGCGAGAAAUGCGUUUACCAUCAAGCAUCCUAUGCCCACUUCUCUGUUCAUUGACUCUGUAAACUCUCUUUAAAUUUACUUUCUGUACAUCAUGUAUUUGUCUUUUGUACAAUAAACCCAUUUAUUACUUUCUCUAACUAAAA